GGCAGGGCGCGGGGCCUGCGCGCUGGGAAACGCGCCGGGAAACGCGCCCGCGCUGGAGGCGGGGCCUUUGAGGAAGGACUCAGGCUUGGAAGCCCCUAGGUCGGCCCGACAGGUAGUUCCCCGACGUGCUUCUUGCCACGGACUCCUAGACUCCUCUGAAAAUUAUUUUAUUUUUGUAACUUAAGGGCGAUGAAGAAUCCUUACACGAGUUAAUUAUACAUCCCUCCUGCACUUCCCCGCUAAAAUCCUUCUGAGAUGAUGGCUCUGGGCGCAGCGGGAGCUACCUGGGUCUUUGUCGCGCUGGUAGCGGCGGCUCUCGGCGGCCACCCUCUGCUGGGAGUGAGCGCCACCUUGAACUCGGUUCUCAAUUCCAACGCCAUCAAGAACCUGCCCCCACCGCUGGGCGGCGCUGCGGGGCACCCAGGCUCUGCAGUCAGCGCGGCGCCGGGAAUUCUGUUCCCGGCCGGGAAUAAGUACCAGACCAUUGACAACUACCAGCCGUACCCGUGCGCAGAGGACGAGGAGUGCGGCACUGAUGAGUACUGCGCUAGUCCCACCCGCGGAGGGGACGCGGGCGUGCAAAUCUGUCUCGCCUGCAGGAAGCGCCGAAAACGCUGCAUGCGUCACGCUAUGUGCUGCCCCGGGAAUUACUGCAAAAAUGGAAUAUGCGUGUCUUCUGAUCAAAAUCAUUUCCGAGGAGAAAUUGAGGAAACCAUCACUGAAAGCUUUGGUAAUGAUCAUAGCACCUUGGAUGGGUAUUCCAGAAGAACCACCUUGUCUUCAAAAAUGUAUCACACCAAAGGACAAGAAGGUUCUGUCUGUCUCCGGUCAUCAGACUGUGCCACAGGAUUGUGUUGUGCUAGACACUUCUGGUCCAAGAUCUGUAAACCUGUCCUGAAAGAAGGUCAAGUGUGUACCAAGCAUAGGAGAAAAGGCUCUCAUGGGCUAGAAAUAUUCCAGCGUUGUUACUGCGGAGAAGGUCUGUCUUGCCGGAUACAGAAAGAUCACCAUCAAGCCAGUAAUUCUUCUAGGCUUCACACUUGUCAGAGACACUAAACCAGCUAUCCAAAUGCAGCGGACUCCUUUUAUAUAAUAGAUGCUAUGAAAACCUUUUAUGAUCUUCAUCAACUCAAUCCUAAGGAUAUAUACAAAUUCUGUGGUUUCAGUUACGCAUUCCAAUAACACCUUCCAAAAACC